AUGGUGGACCCUGUGGGGUUUGUGGAAGCUUGGAAAGCACAGUUUGCAGACUCUGAGCCUCCUAAAAUGGAGCUGAAAUCUGUGGGAGACAUUGAACAGGAGCUGGAGAUGUGCAAAGCAUCUAUUCGGAGACUGGAGAUGGAGGUCAACAAGGAGAGGUUCCGUAUGAUAUACCUGCAGACUCUUCUGGCUAAGGAGAAAAAAAGCUAUGAUAGACAGAGAUGGGGUUUUAAACGUGUUUCUCAGUUCCCUGAAGGGGGUGCAGAGCAGCAGAUCCAAGACCUGCAUCAUCACCAGUCUGCUGACCAAGAUGAAUAUGAAAAAAGCAAGUCACACCACGGAGAGGAAAAGUUGAAGCCUAGGAUACCCUCUCUGCGGAAGCUGUCGACCCAGAGUGAUGGGUCAGACCUGUCGCCUUUGGAUAGCCCCCAUCAUGGAGAGGGAGAGCAGGACAGGUGUAAGUACUAUGGUGAAGAGAAACUCAAGAGAGUUGUAGAAGAUAUGGAGAAUCGUUGUGAUACAGAUGGCUCUCCUUCAAAACACAGAGCAGCUUCCACUCGUAGGCUAGUGGGAUCUGCUGAGAAAGAGGGAUCAUUUGAACCUGUUUCUAAGGAGAGAGGGAACAGCACCAGUGUGGCAGCCCUAAGGUCCAAUUUUGAGAGGAUUAAAAAGGUUAAUUCACAUUCUUCAGGGGAUAACAAGGAUGUUGUUGAAAAGCCCUUUUAUGUGAACAUGGAGUAUCAUCAUGAGAAGGGUCUAGUAAAGGUCAAUGAUAAAGAUGUUUCAGAUAAAAUAAGCUCCCUUGGUAGCCAAGCGAUGCAAAUGGAACGCAAAAAGUCUUUACACUCCCUCCCUUCUAACAUGGUACCCAGCUUUAGUGAAUUCCAGAGGCCUGCUUACAGGGGAAGGUCCUCAGAGAGCAGCUUUGGCUAUGAUGGAGAAUAUGAGGAUGCUGAACUGAACCCCAGGUUUCUCAAAGAUAACCUGAUUAAUGCCAAUGGCAGCAACCGCUCACCCUGGCAACCCAUGGACUUUCAACCCUAUCAAAGUAUCUAUGUUGGUGGAAUGAUGGGAGAAGAAGGGAAAGGACCUAUUCUGCGAAAUCAGGGCUCAACUGACCAGGAAAAACAUCUCACUUGGCCCAGAAGAUCUUAUUCCCCCAGGAGUUUUGAAGAUAUUGGAGGAGGAUAUACUCCUGAUUGUAGCUCUAAUGAGAACCUUACCUCCAGUGAGGAAGACUUCUCAUCAGGGCAGUCCAGCCAUGUCUCCCCCAGCCCCACCACUUACCGCAUGUAUCGGGAUAAAAGCCGUUCUCCCUCCCAGAACUCUCAGCAGUCCUUUGACAGUAGCAGUCCACCAACCCCCCAGUCUCAAAAACGGCACAGGCAACAGCAGGUCAUUGUGUCUGAGGCUACUAUUGUGGGAGUACGAAAAACAGGACAGAUCUGGCCAAGUGAUGGAGAUUUGCCUUCUGGGAGAUGUCACCAGGACAGCUGCUUCCAUGGGGAUACAGAUGCUUCAUUCAGUGGCACACCACCCAGCUAUGCCUAUGAUGCAGACCGUGCUGAAGAACAGAGGAGGCAUCAUGAUAUGAUGCCCUAUAUUGAUGACUCCCCAUCGUCUUCACCCCAUCUCAGUUCCAAGAGUCGGGGCAGCCGGGACACGCUGUCUUCUGGGUCUCUGGAGUCUACAAAAUCAAGUGAGCCAGACCUAGAGAAAGGCCUGGAAAUGAGAAAAUGGGUCCUGUCAGGAAUCCUAGCCAGUGAGGAGACCUACCUGAGCCACCUGGAGGCUCUACUGCUGCCUAUGAAGCCGUUAAAAGCAGCUGCCACCACCUCUCAGCCUGUGCUGACUAGUCAGCAGAUUGAGACAAUAUUCUUCAAAGUGCCUGAACUCUAUGAGAUCCACAAAGAGUUCUAUGAUGGACUCUUUCCCCGAGUGCAGCAGUGGAGUCACCAGCAACGUGUGGGGGACCUCUUCCAAAAGCUGGCCAGCCAGCUGGGAGUGUACCGGGCCUUUGUGGAUAACUAUGAAGUUGCUAUGGAGACAGCAGAGAAAUGCUGCCAAGCCAAUGCUCAGUUUGCUGAAAUAUCUGAGAAUCUAAAGGCUAGAAGCACAAAGGAAUCUAAAGACCAGACAACGAAAAAUUCUUUGGAAAGUNNNUUAUACAAGCCAGUGGAUCGAGUGACUCGCAGCACACUUGUUCUGCAUGAUUUGCUCAAGCACACUCCAGUGAGCCACCCUGAUCAUCCACUCCUGCAGGAUGCUCUGCGGAUCUCGCAGAACUUCCUCUCCAGCAUCAAUGAGGAGAUCACUCCUCGCCGGCAGUCCAUGACUGUAAAGAAGGGGGAGCACCGGCAGCUCCUGAAGGACAGUUUCAUGGUGGAGCUGGUUGAGGGAGCCCGCAAACUACGUCAUGUCUUUCUUUUUACUGAUCUGUUCUUGUGUGCCAAGCUCAAGAAGCAGAUUGGAGGAAAAAGCCAGCAGUAUGACUGCAAAUGGUACAUCCCACUCACUGACCUUAGCUUCCAAAUGGUGGAUGAAUCUGAGGCAGUGCCUAAUAUCCCACUGGUACCUGAUGAAGAACUGGAUGCCAUGAAGAUCAAGAUAUCCCAGAUCAAGAAUGACAUCCAGCGUGAAAAGAGGGCCAAUAAGGGCAGCAAGGUCAUUGAGAGGUUGAAAAAGAAGCUCUCAGAGCAGGAAUCCCUCCUACUGCUGAUGUCCCCGAACAUGGCCUUCAGGGUACACAAUCGCAAUGGCAAGAGUUACACGUUUCUCAUAUCAUCAGACUAUGAAAGGGCAGAGUGGAGGGAGAACAUCCGGGAGCAGCAGAAGAAAUGCUUUAAAAGUUUCUCACUCACAUCGGUGGAGCUCCAGAUGCUGACAAACUCCUGUGUGAAGCUUCAGACAGUGCACAACAUUCCUCUCACUAUUAAUAAGGAAGAUGAUGAAUCUCCAGGUCUCUAUGGAUUCCUGAAUGUCAUUGUCCACUCUGCCACAGGAUUCAAGCAAAGUUCAAAUUUGUACUGCACAUUAGAGGUGGAUUCUUUUGGGUAUUUUGUGAACAAGGCUAAAACUAGAGUGUACAGAGACACUACAGAGCCCAACUGGAAUGAGGAGUUUGAGAUUGAGCUGGAAGGCUCACAAACCCUGCGGAUUCUGUGCUAUGAGAAGUGCUAUAACAAAACCAAGCUCACCAAAGAGGAUGGAGAGAGCACAGAUCGCAUAAUGGGGAAAGGACAGAUCCAGCUGGACCCACAGGCAUUGCAGGACAAAGAUUGGCAACGCACAGUCAUCUCAAUGAAUGGAGUUGAAGUGAAGUUGUCAGUGAAGUUCUCCAGUCGGGAGUUCAGCCUGAAGAGAAUGCCAUCCCGGAAACAAACCGGGGUGUUUGGGGUCAAGAUUGCUAUUGUCACCAAGAGGGAGAGAUCGAAGGUGCCGUACAUAGUGCGGCAGUGCGUGGAGGAGAUCGAGCGCCGUGGGAUGGAGGAGGUGGGCAUCUACCGUGUCUCUGGGGUUGCAACAGAUAUCCAGGCUUUGAAAGCUGCCUUUGAUGUCAAUAACAAAGACGUGUCAGUGAUGAUGAGCGAGAUGGACGUCAACGCCAUUGCAGGCACCUUGAAGCUGUACUUCAGGGAGCUGCCCGAGCCGCUCUUUACAGAUGAGCUGUACCCCAACUUUGCUGAGGGCAUUGCACUUUCAGAUCCUGUUGCAAAGGAGAGCUGCAUGUUGAAUCUCUUGUUAUCGCUUCCAGAACCCAACCUUGUGACAUUCCUUUUCCUUUUGGACCAUUUAAAAAGGGUUGCUGAGAGGGAAAGCAUUAACAAGAUGUCCCUGCAUAAUCUUGCAACUGUCUUUGGACCAACACUGCUGAGGCCGUCAGAGAAGGACAGUAAAAUCCCUGCCAACCCGACCCAGCCUAUCACAAUGACUGACAGCUGGUCCCUAGAAGUCAUGUCCCAGGUUCAAGUUCUUCUGUACUUCCUGCAGCUAGACACUAUCCCUACCCCAGACAGCAAAAGACAAAGCAUUCUCUUUUCCACAGAGGUGUAG